GAUACAUCCAUCCUUAAAAACAUAUGGAUUUUGAUUCUGAAAAUGAUGAUUAUUGGGGUUCAUCGAACAUCAGUUCUAGUAUCUUUUGUGAUGAUGAAGAAGAAAGCAAUUUCGGAACAGCACAAUUAAGUUGUUUGUCAUUGCAAAAUAAAAAGAUAAAUAAAGAUAAUGACUUAUCAUCACCCAAAACUCACGAACUACUAAAAACAUUUCACACAUGGCAAUCAUCUUCCUCUUCCUCUAGCCCCUUGGUGGCUUCUAAACUACCUUCACAAAUCGCUACAGAUAUUUUUACUUACUCGCCGCACCUUAAAAGUUCGCCUCUUAUAUCAAACGCUUUCAAAAAGCCGUCAAUUCAUACGGUAGCGCCCUUUAGCCAACCCAAGAAGUUGAGAGAUGCUAUAUUUUCUUCGCGACGAUUUUCGUUAGCCGGUCCCACCACGACCCAACAUACUCACUCCUCUAAUCCCACGGAUGAACCCUAUUCAAAUACUCAAUCCGACCCACUUUUCCAAAAAAUAAUCGACGAUCUAAUUUACACGGAAUAUUCGCGGCAUCAAAACAUUUUUGAUUUUCGUCAUCAAAGAUUGGCCAGGGUCGUUCUCCCCGAAACAUUGCUAACGCAAUUUAAAUGCAAAUCCGAAAAAAUUCACUUACUGAAAGCCGCCAUCAACUGCGGCGAAGGUAACACUCUUUUGAAAGUUAUUUUGUUCGUCCGGAAUACAUUGUCGCCCGUUAUUUUUUACGAUAUUUUGGCUAUAUUGCCCCGCGCCAGGAAGAGGUAUGUAAGAUAUUUAAAGGAUACAGAUGAAACGAUUGCCAUAGAAUGCUUGAGAUCCUUAUCUCUCCACAAGGAAGCACUGUUUACGGAAUUAUCAUUGGCCAUUUCUGAAAUGAACCGAGAUCUAAUGGACAUAGAUACUGCCACCCCAAAAAUCGGCAUAACUCUGGAUCAAGCCAAUAUUAGUUAUCCGGACAACUUUCUACCGGCCCUCGAAAAGCUAAUAACUCGAGUAACUCAGUGCAGAAUCAAUCUGAGCCCCGAUCUUUUGGAGGAUAAAAAUAUAUUUAAGCAGCUGCUUCAUUAUAACAGUUGCUUGCAAAGACGAUACGUCCUUUGUAAAAUGACCGGACAGUUACGUAAUGAUUUAGGUCAGAAUUGCAGAAAUAUGGUUUUAUCUAAAUCAUCAGGUGAAUUCGAUACCUUAAUUUAUGGGCUAAAAUAUUACGAAACGCAGAGAGCAGAAGAUUGGGCAUCACUUAUAGAUCCCAAUUCGAUAAUCGAAGAAUACUCCAUCAGUCCUCAACUGUAUUCCUGCGCCCUUUUAUUUGCUUUAUGCGAGAAGGCGGCUGAUUGGGAAGAGAUUGAUAACACAUUUCAAUUGAAGACCUUAAUAUCGCAAUAUAUCAAACCCAAAGCCUUGUUAUCUCCAAAGCUAAUAGCUCAUAUUCUAAUCAUGCACAAAGCACCUUUUGAGGUUAUCGUUAAAUAUAUUAAUCGAAUCGAUGAUUCAAACGAGAGAGGUCGCUUAUUCGCCAUGAUUUCUUGAUUGAUAGAAUUUUACAUUAUUUUAUUGAUUUUUAAAUUUAAAAAAUGUGAUGCAAAAUCAAUGCAUUCCA